GACGCCAGUGCUCCGCCGCGCGCGCGACCGAACGGACGUACGUUUACAAUAACGGUUAUUUUCGAAAUAACCGAGCGAUUGUUAACUUACUACUGUUAUUGUUAUACGAUAUUUGUGUAUUAUAUUCUCUCAAUCAUUGUGUAAAACGGGACAAGUAAAAUGGACCGCGGAACACCGAUAGUGAUGUGCUAGUGUUGUGAAUAACGGUUAAUAACGAGUUAAUAGUGGUUGAUAGCUAUGAUGUGAGACAGUUGUGGUUGUCAAGAUGCCGUCAGACAGUGGAUCGGCGUGGUCGCCGCCCGCGUCCAACAGCGAGAGAAGGUUGAGCAACUCGUCCGAUGGCAGCGCCGGCAGCGGAUACUCUAAAGCUACAACAGACAGUGCAGACUUCCUGGCGACGCGGCCGCACACGGCGGCUGUGAUCCCGGGCAAGCCGGCGGGCAACCCGCUGCAGUUCGUGCGCGUCGGCCCGGCGGACCUCGGCAGCAGGGCCAGGGAGCAGCUGCGGAGGGCAGAGCUCGCCAAGCGGACCGAUCCUGCUCGUAUCGAGAGGCAGGAGGAUUGGCAGUCGAACCUGGACAACUGGAAGUCGUCGCGGCGGAAGCGCGUGGAGCACAUCAUCGAGCGCUGCGUGGAGGUGCGCCGCAUGGAGCACGAGCCGAGCCAGCCGCGCGCCAAGUCCAAGACCUUCAACGAGAUGCUUGAAGAACGGUACGUACUUAUUACUACACUUACCAAUUUAACAUUCAACUAGCUUAAAUUAAACUUAAGAAUAAACAGAAGAUCUUUGACAGCACGUAUAGGUAGAUGAUGGGCCUUAAAAAAGGGGUACGGAUAGUUGAGUGAUGGUGGUCACCACGCCAAACGCAUUGCCGUGUCGCAGGUUACGUCUCCGCUUAGGGCAAGCAUUGGAUCCACGAGUGCUUGUUGAAUGUGUGUGAAACCUCCGCGAUGCAAGGUUGAAUUCCGUAGUGAUGAAGUCAAACAAAAUCAAUUAAUCGAAACGACCCUUUCAAGUAUUGGCGAAUUUCCGAUGGUUGGUUUCGGUGGUUAUGAUUUUCAGCACACGAUACCAUACUGCAAAUAAAAACUCCAAUUACAAAUUUAGAAACAAAUUUAAAUGGCUCAUUUUAGCUUUAAAUAGACUGCUUCAUACUAUGAUGUGUGGUUUAAUGCCAAAGGGCCUUAUAAAUAGAAAUCAAAAUAUAAAAACAACGAAAUCUCUUGUCUACUCACUGCAAAACCUGAAAAACCUAACGAACUAAAGAAUUCACUUCUGUGUAACUAUUUAUUGAUAACUAACAUGUACAUAGAUAUUACCAUUUAAUAUUCAAACAAUAAAUUCUCACGUUAAACAGUUCUCAUGACAUUGCAUCACAAAUAUAACAUUAAUAUAAUAACGUAUGUCUGUUUCUCAAUGUACAUAGUAUCUUCUAUUGGUAAUUCUUUGCCUCGCCGAUACUAAACUGUAUAAUUAUUUAAUUUGUUAUUAUUUAUAGUUGCGAGACAACCAAGAACGUGAUUAUCUGACAAUAAUUAUAUUAAUGUAACUUGUGUUGAUGUGAAAAUGUUUAUUGUAGGCAUAAUUAUUAAAAGUAUUUUUAUUUUGAAAUUGUAUUUUUUCGAUUAGGUCUAAACUCUGCAUUUGAGCAGAAAGAAGACUGUAUUUGGAGAAAAUCUAUAUCUAUACUAAUAUAUAAAGCUGAAGAGUUUGUUUGUUUGUUUGUU